AUGGCCGCCAUCAAGAUCAAGCUCGUCGUGGACAGGUUACAGAAGCAAGUCCUGUUCGCCGACGCCGGCUCCGACUUUGUCGACGUUCUUCUCACCUUCCUGACGCUUCCCCUAUCCAGCAUUCAGCUCGUCGCGGGCGCGUCCUCGCCGGAUUGUCUCUCAAACCUCUGCGCCAGUGUCCAACACCUGGGAGACAAUGAACUGUUGAACGGUGAGGUGCACUCGUUCAGUCUGCUCACGGUGUUCUCCGUUUCUAGGGGAACAUCAGGGACAGAGCCAGUGUGGUUCCAGGCUUCAACGAGCAACGUGUUGUCGAUUCUUUCAGGGUUCGGUGCAGAAGGGAUAAAGGGCGCUUACGAGGUGGACGUUAACAUAGGAUGGGCGGAGGUGGCUUCCAUGCUCAAGACAUGUGUCUCAUCCACCACCAUAUUCACCGAUGUGCUUCUCACAAAAGGGACUGACUCUGGAGCUGUUCGUCCAGCUUUGCUUAUUAAUAGAUCGCUGCUCACAAUUCACAGGCCCCAGGGACAAGAAACCAACGUCGCUUGUCCUCCAAUCAGCAUCAAGCUUUUCUACGAUAGGCAGGACAGAAAGGUCAUGUAUGCGGAGUGCAAGCACGACUUCGUGGACCUGCUCCUCAGCUUCCUCACCUACCCGAUGGGGUGCGUAGUCAAGAACCUGGCCGGCACCUCUCAUGUGUGCGGUAGCUUCAACAAUCUUUACAGUAGUGCCGCAAGUCUCGACGCAGCUGGAUUCUUGAAGGGGGCCUGCUUCGGCCACAAAAACACGCUGCUUGAUCCAAGCCUUGCACCGUUCAAGACGCGCAGCAAUGAUUCGGGAAAAUCGGCUUCUGCAGUGUCGGUGCUGAAGCAUUGGUGUAAGAGAGACUGGGGUAAAGUAGGGGAGAUGAACAUUGCUAUCACCAAACAAGAGGCUGUUGCGCUACUGCGAGCGGUGGUGAAUUCGAAGACUGCUCUGACAGACGCGUUCAAGGAGAGGAUCAAUGGACCCUGGCUGAUUGUUGCAUUCACGGGGAAGCCACCAUCCAUGCUGAGGGUCGUCCAACCGCCGUAA